CGGGAAAAGAAAGCUUUGGAGAAAUCGAAAGUAGCUGGAGGGGAAGCGCUCGCUGAGCCCACACCGGCAGGAAACCCUGAGGAGACCCUCGCUGUUCACCCACCAUGAACCAGAACGCCCAGCGCUUCUUCACUGGCCCCCGCGCCGGAGUCCUGCCACCCUAUGAGAUGAUCAAGGAGGAGCACGAGGUGGCCGUGCUGGGGGGGCCCCAGGGCUCAGGAGCCGUGACAACCACCGUGGUCAACAUGCAGCCGGAGACCGUCGUGCCCGACCACAUCGUCUGGUCCCUGUUCAACACGCUCUUCUUCAACACCUGCUGCCUGGGCUUCGUGGCGUUCGCCUACUCCGUGAAGUCCAGGGACCGGAAGAUGGUCGGCGACGUGGUUGGGGCCCAGAGCUACGCGUCCACCGCCAAGUGCCUGAACAUCUGGGCCCUGGUCUUGGGCCUCCUUGGGACCAUAGGGUGCAUCGCGGUUCUGGUGGCGGUGGUCUUGUCAUUCAACCAUCCAAUGGCGUAGGCUGCGCGGGGCCACAGAAGCUACUUGUGGCUUCCCACGGCCGGCGGAACAAGUCCUCCCCACCCACUGGCUUCCUUGUCGUGUUUGCUGGCAUCGUGUCUGUCAUCGCAAUUUCGUCAUUUGACUGGCUUGCUGAUAACGUGGAAGAAAUGGUGACGUCGUGAGGACUCAGGAGGCUUCCAUGGUUGCCCAGAGUCCGAGAUCGCGCCCCUCUCCCCGCUGCUCCCGCGCACACUUGUCUACAACUGGAUUCAAUAAAGGACACGUC